CUCAAUAUCAUUAAAAUGAGUGUAAUUUCGCCAAAAUACGAGACCCUCAAACCGGGGCCCCCUUCGCCGAUGCGUCACACCCACCGUUGUAUUUUUCUAACAAAAGAAUACAAAACUCGUGACCAAUCUUGGACUUUCAUCGCCGUCACGUUGGCACUUUUUCGAAACCCAAACAUCUCAAAAUCGUUAAAAUGAGUGAAAGUGCGCCAAAAUUGGAGCAGGAGGGCCCGCGACCGAGUCGUUUCCGGCGUCGUGGGGGCCCCGGUCGUUUCAACAACGUCCGGGGACGGCGCCCCUUCACCCGUGAUGUUAACGAAAGUGAGGUUGAUGCGGCGCCCCUUCAUGACAAAUGCUACGAGAAGUUGGCCCAAAUUGGGGGGCCUACCGUCGACUUGCCCCUUUUGGAAACCGUAGAGAAGAAAUUCUCGGGGCGUAAUCGCCUCUACAUCGGGAAUUUGGGGCCCGAUGUGGCCGAAGGAGACUUGCGAGACUUGUUGGGAAAGUAUGGAGAGUUUGGGGAGUUGUUUGUCAACAAAGAGAAGAAUUUCGCGUUUGUCAAAUACGAUUUUUAUGCUAGUUGUGAGAAAGCCAAACGUGAGUUGGAUGGCGAAGUCUUGAAGGGGAAGAAUCUCAAGAUUAGAUUCGCCCCCAAUAAUGCGUCGGUUAAGGUGAAGAAUUUAGCCCCUUUUGUCUCAAACGAGCUCCUCUACUACGCCUUCCAAGUGUUCGGGGAGGUGGAGAGGGCUUUGGUCCUCGUGGACGAACGGGGGAAGCCCACAGGUGAGGGCAUCGUGGAGUUUUCCCGAAAGGGCUUCGCCUUGAACGCAAUUCGGAAAUGCAGUGACCGCUGUUUCUUCCUCACGGAGUCUUUAAGGCCCGUCGUGGUGGAGCCCCACGAAUACACCAAUGACACCGACGGCUUCCCCGAGAAGUUCCUCCCGAGACGCAACCCCGAUUUUCUCAAGGCGCGCAGCAAGGGCCCCCGAUUGGCCGAACUCAACUCAUUCGAACACGAAUAUGGACUACGUUGGAAGCAACUUUUGGACUUGUAUGCGCAAAAAGAACUCGCGUUGAAGACUGAACUCCAAAUGGAGAUGGAGAAGUUGGAGGCGCAGAUGGAGUACGCGCGAUAUGAACACGAAACUGAGCUUUUGAGGGAGGAAUUGAGGGUGCGGGAGAUGGACAGAGAUAGACAGAAGCAGGAGUGGGAGAUGAAGCAGCGGAAAGUUGAGGAGGAGAGACGCAGGAAUGAGGAACAGAUCAGGAGACAAGAGGAGUCCCUCCAAGCGAGGAUGAUGCAUCAAGAGGAGGAGAUGAGGAGGAGGCAACAAGAGAAUAAUCUUUUCAUGCAAGCACACCAAUUACAUAGUAUGCUAGAUGAGCAAGAACAGGCAUUCCAGGAGCCCCAAAAUGACGGGUUUGAGGUGAAGAAAGAGGAGAAUUUGCCCCAAACGAGCAACUCUUUCAGACGUGAGAGGAGAUGGCGCGAUGAUUUUGGCCCAAAACGACGCAGAUUUUAGGUUUAAGUCACAAAAUGAGUUUCUAUAAUUGUAUGGAGUUUUUUUAAUUUGUUAUUUUUGUUCCUGUUUUGCAUUCUAAUCAAUAAAUGAUUUAUAAAAGUCGGUA